AUGUCCGCUGCCGUCGUGCCGCCCGCUGCGCCGCCGGGCCCGGCCUUGCCCAACCGCAAUCCGUCCGCCAGCCCGCGCCCGUCCGUGUCGCCGUCUGCCCGCUCAUCGCCUGUCCACAAAUCGCCCGCCACCACCCACCCGCCCAAGAUCGCCAUCAAAAAAGAACCGCCAUCGUCACCCAGCCUGCCGUCGGGCGCCCGCCAUCGCCCGCGCAAGCUCGAUCUGUCGGGCGUCUCUGCCUCUAGCCUCUCCUCCCGUGGCCCGCUGACUGCCCGCGAUGGCCGCGCCAUGCAGGAUGUUGGGCUCGCCUGCCUGUCGCCUGGCUUCCAGACCCAUGAUCCUGCCCGUCGCGAGCAGCUGCAGCGCAGCCUCAACGUCCGCGAGCAGCAGCGUUCCAUCAUCGAGGCUCGCCUGCAGCUGACCGCCAAAGGAGACGGUUCCCUGGAGCCCGCCGCUGCCACCGCCGCCGCGCCCAAGCAGACCGAGUCCCCGCCCUUCAGCACCCACCGCGCCGCGAAGAAACGCCCGCCGCCGGGCCUGUCCAUCGUGCCCCCCGCCGCCUCGCAGUUCGCCCACGAGCGCAUCAUCCAGUCCGCUCCCUUGAACCACACUUUCUCGAGCCGCCGCCAGACCCAGCCCGCCGCCCGCCAUUUUACCACCCACCACCCCGUCGACCUGGCCGCCUCGCCACACAUCCCCCAGCCCCCCGCUCCCCAGACCAACAACCGCCUGCCGCCGCUCGCCGACGUCUUUGGCGCCGACGCCCUCGCCCUGCGCGACCGCGAGCAGCCCAACUCGCGCGGCCCCUUCGCCCCCACGAGCAAUCAGUCUCAGCCAUCUCUCAACCCCUUGCCCUCGCCUGGCCUGCCCGCCCACCCCGCGGCCGCCGCCACGCGGCCCCGAGAGUAUCGCUCCGCCGAAGAGGCCGUCCACGACCUCUCUGGCGGCCGUGAGGAGUUCCUGCCGCGCAUCAUCCACUACAGCGACCGCCAGCCCAGCCCGCGCUCGCCCCCGGCCGCCGCGAACCCGCCCACCACAAGCAGCACGCACAACCACCAGGUGAAUGGCUUUGCCGCGUCGAAUCCCACCGCCGGCCGUCGCCGCACCAGACAGGAAUACGAGCAGGACCACGGCAGCCCGCCCUUGGGCCCAGGCCCCGAACCUCGCCUCCGUCCAGGACGAGGCCCCAGCAGCUAUGGCCCCUUUGGCGCCGGCAGAGAUUCUCCAGAAACACAGCGGUUGAAAAAGGAAGAGUUUUUAGGCCUAUGCGCCCGCGCAUGGGAUUUGUUUCAUUCAUAA